CGAAGCCACGCCUUCCUCAAGCCAUUCCUUCAGGAUAGCAUGUUGCCUUGCAAUGCUUGGAGUUCAGUCAGAUAAGUCAGCUCGGGCUGCUCUCGUGCAGUGAGGUGUUGCUACUUCAGUGCCGCUCCAUGGACCUGAGAAGUGCUGGGCUCCCUGUGGAGGCCCGAGAGGGGAUCUCUCCCUCACCCGGGGAUAAUGAUGAGUAUGAGAGCCUGCCGCCUGAAGCCUCCCCUCUCACCCACAUGAUGGCAGGAGCGGUUGCUGGUAUCUUGGAGCACACCGUCAUGUAUCCAGUGGACUCUGUCAAGACACGAAUGCAGAGCCUGCAGCCCGACCCUAAAGCCCAGUACAGAGGGGUCACUGAGGCACUUAAAAGGAUCAUCCGCACCGAGGGAUUGUUUACACCUUUGCGGGGGAUCAAUGUGACGAUGCUGGGGGCUGGCCCGGCCCACGCCUUGUAUUUCGCUUGCUAUGAGAAGAUGAAGACCACCGUAGGAGGGAUGAUCAAUCAUUCUGGGAACAGCCAUGUGGCUAAUGGGGUGGCAGGAAGUUUGGCAACGCUGUUACACGAUGCAGUGAUGAAUCCAGCAGAAGUGGUAAAGCAGCGAAUGCAGAUGUACAACUCCCCCUACAGGAGCAUGCUCCACUGCAUCCAGAGUAUCAGCAGGACAGAAGGAAUUGGGGCUUUCUACCGCAGCUACUCCACACAGCUCUUCAUGAACAUCCCUUUCCAGGCCAUCCACUUCAUUACAUACGAGUUCACUCAGGAGCAGCUAAACCCACAGCGACAGUAUCACCCCGGCUCACACAUAGUCUCUGGAGCUAUUGCUGGAGCUGUAGCAGCAGCAGCCACCACUCCUCUCGACGUGUGCAAAACAUUGCUCAACACCCAGGAAAACACGGUCCUCACUUCUGUCAAUAUCAGUGGGCACCUCUCUGGCAUGCUCAAUACCUUCCGGACAGUCUACCAGCUAGGUGGGAUGGCAGGUUUCUUCAGAGGUGUCCAGGCCCGAGUCAUCUACCAAAUGCCUUCCACCGCUAUAGCCUGGUCUGUGUAUGAGUUCUUCAAGUACUUUCUUACCAAUCGUAAUAAUCAUUCUUCCCACUGAUGAGCCUGCAGACCAACAAGCUGCUUCUUAUUUAUGAGGAUGCUUCAUCCAGUGAGAUGACCUCCUUAUUAUGCUCUGGGCAUCAGCCUUGAGCUGGAAGGCAUCAGUGCAAGCUCCUCAAGAAACUUCAUAAUGAAGUUAAUGUCUAACCUACUUCAGCAGGGACAUCCAAGCCAUUUCUGGGCACCUUUCAUCCUUGCUCCAGACUCUAGAGGAAGAAUGUGGAAUUAAUCCUUUGUGGAGCUAUAGGCCUUUGCCUGUGCUUUGCUCAGAAUGUAGGCCUGUGUAUUUAGUCUGAUAUUUGGGGGAAAAAGGAAAUAAGUUGCACCAAAAGAGAUCAGCAUUGCCUUGCUGGUACUCUGCAGUGUUCUGCUGUAGCAGCAUAAAUAGAUAUAUAUAUAUAGAGAGAGAGAGAGAGAUGUGGGAAGGUCAUUGGGGCCUUUCCAUGCUAUUUUUUCCUUAUUUAAUAUUUUAAGAAUUGGAAAUGUGCACAAUGCCGUUAAUCGAUUUAUAAACUAUUCUUAUUAUGGAACAAAUAGAUUUUAUAUGAAUACAUGUCCGUUUCCCUUUUGGGCGAGACUUGGUGUCCAUAUAAAGGGACGGAGAGAAGAAUGUUUAUGCAUAGCUUUAUCCUAUAUUUUAUAUGCCUUUUACUUCACAUUGGGGACUUUGUAUAAUGGGUUUUGGAGCAAAUUUCAUCUUGUAGAAAAGGAUUUUUUUUUCAUUUCUUCUGCCUUAUAUUCCAGUUAUGUUACCUGUGUAUUAGUACCUUAUUGUCCCACAA